AUGGCUCGCUCUCUUGAACCACUGGUGGUUGGGAAAGUGAUCGGUGAAGUUCUUGACAUGUACAAUCCAGUAGCUGAGUUCACUGUGCAUUAUGGUUCUAAGCAAGUCGCUAAUGGCUGUGAAAUCAAGCCUUCUGUUGCUGCUCAGAAACCACAUGUCCAUAUUUUGGGUUCUCGUCUAUCCUCCGAUCUCUAUACCCUGGUUAUGGUUGAUCCUGAUGCUCCAAGUCCUAGCGAACCAAAAUGGAGAGAGUGGCUUCUUUGGAUUGUUGUAGAUAUUCCAGAAGGAUCCGAUGCUACCAAAGGGCAUGAGUUGGUGUCGUACAUGGGACCUCAGCCUCCAACCGGCAUUCACCGUUAUGUUUUUGCGCUGUUCAAGCAGAAAGGUGCAUUGAUGGGAAGGAUUCAACCUCCAGAUGGUCGUGGCAACUUCAACACCCGCCACUUUGCUGCCCAAAGUGGACUUGGGCUUCCGGUUGCUGCUGUGUAUUUUAACUCGCAGAAGGAACCGGCAGUUAAAAAACGUUAA